AUGGCGAGUUUGGAAGAUUUGAUACCAACGGUGAACAAGUUGCAAGAUGUUAUGUAUGAUGCCGGCAUUGAUACGCUUGAUCUUCCUGUAUUAGCAGUAAUUGGAUCGCAAUCUUCAGGAAAAUCAUCAAUAUUGGAGACUUUGGUUGGCAAAGACUUUUUGCCCAGAGGGACUGGAAUUGUUACCAGGCGGCCAUUGGUUUUGCAGCUCAAUAACAUAGCGCCUAACUCGCCUCUGAUUAAUGAUGAUCUUACCGAAACAGAAACUUCGCCUGACGACCGCACUGGUGGUGGCGAGCUGACCCUUGAAGAUCAUCUGCGCAAGAAUCAAAGCUUUGAACCGCAAAGAAGAGAAGAAUGGGGUGAAUUUCUGCACUUGCCCGGUCGUCGCUUUUAUGAUUUUGCUGAGAUCAGAAGAGAAAUCGAAAGCGAAACUGCGAGAAUUGCUGGCAAGAACAAGGGCAUCAGCCGCAUUCCUAUUAAUUUGAAAGUUUUCUCACCUCGGGUACUAAACCUGACGUUGGUUGACCUUCCAGGAAUAACAAAAGUUCCAAUUGGAGAGCAACCGGCUGACAUUGAAAAGCAAAUAAAAAACUUGAUUCUAGAAUACGUGGCUAAGCCCAAUUGCAUCAUUUUGGCCGUUUCUCCUGCCAAUGUCGAUUUGGUAAACUCCGAAUCGCUGAAGUUGGCGAGAGAUGUCGAUCCUCACGGAAGGAGAACCAUAGGUGUUGUUACCAAGAUGGACCUUAUGGACAGUGGCACUAAUGCUCUAGACAUUUUAUCCGGCAAACUGUACCCACUGAAACUAGGCUUUGUUGGGGUUGUCAAUAGAUCACAACAGGAUAUACAGUCGAACAGAGGGGUAGAAGAAGCACUGAAUAAUGAAGAAGCGUUCUUUGCUCGUCAUCCAGUCUACAGAACGAUAUCGACUAGAUGCGGCACGAGAUACCUUGCAAAACUCCUAAACCAAAUUUUGAUGAAUCACAUACGCGAUAAACUACCCGACAUCAAGGCUAGACUAAACACUUUGAUGGGACAAACUGAGCAAGAGUUGGCAACGUACGGUGGCUUGGGCAUUAUUACAAAAGAAAACCGUGCUGGAUUAGUGCUACAACUUAUGAACAAAUUUGCCGCUCGUUUUGUAUCUUCGAUAGAAGGUACUUCCUCUGAUAUUAGCACAAAGGAAUUAUGUGGGGGGGCUAGAAUCUACUAUAUCUACAACAACAUUUUUGGUCACUCAUUGGAGUCUAUAAACCCGACCGCAGACCUUUCCACUAUAGACAUUCAGACAGCUAUCCGCAAUUCUACAGGGCCACGCCCAUCGUUGUUUGUCCCUGAACUAGCUUUUGAUUUGCUCGUCAAGCCUCAGAUCCAACUUCUUCUGGAACCCUCAGAGCGUUGUGUGGAGUUGGUUUACGAGGAACUCAUGAAGAUAUGCCACAACUGUGGGUCACCGGAAUUGGCGCGAUAUCCAAAGCUGCAAGCAAAACUCAUCGAGGUUGUGAGUGAGCUUUUGAGAGAACGAUUAGGACCAACUCGCUCUUACGUUGAAAGCUUGAUCGAAAUUCAUAGAGCUUAUAUCAACACCAAUCAUCCUAACUUCUUGAUUGCAACCGACGCCAUGUCAGACAUUAUCGACAUGAAGAAGAAGAAGAAAAAGGAUCAAGAAUAUAAAAGGACUGAUUUAGAAUAUGCCAAACAAUCACUCUCAAAGGAGUUAUCCAAGAAGAAUAACGAUAUUCACAGUCCGCACAGUACUCUUCAAUCCGAUGCCGAUGACAUUGGAGCAAGCGAGACUUCUUCUGAUGACGAUGAAAAUGAUACCACAAAGCAGUCGAAGGAUUCAUUCUUGAAUUAUUUUUUCGGAAAGGACCAACAAAGACCAAAUCAGUUCAAUGCACUAUCAGACCAUUACGCAUUAAGCCCGAGUAUUGAUAACCAUAAUGAAUUGGCAGAUUUCGACAAUCUCCAAAUUCAAGAAACUGCUCAACAAAACAUGGAUAACAAACCUCAAUUAACGGAAAGAGAGGAGCUUGAAUGCGAGCUAAUUAGAAGGUUGAUUGUCUCAUACUUUGGAAUUGUGAGAGAAAUGAUUCAAGAUCAGAUUCCGAAAGCAGUAAUGUGCUUACUUGUGAAUUUCUCAAAAGAAAUCAUACAAAAUCGCUUGGUGACAAAAUUGUAUAAGGAUUCCCUUUUCGAGGAUUUGCUCAUGGAAGACCAGAAUUUGGCUCAAGAUAGACAGAAAUGUGUCAAGCUUCUUGAAACAUACAAGGAGGCUUCUAAUAUCAUUGGAGAUAUUCUAUAA